GAAACACAACCAAUAGCUACUCUGUAGACUCACCUAUCUCUAUAUUUCUCCUACUAUACUUAACCCACACUUUCUCUUCAAAAUCAGACCGUUAGGGUUUUCAGUUUUCACCAAUCUGAAAUUCAAUAAACAAGAAAAAAAAAAUUAUGGAGGGUUUGGUUUCUCUGAGAGCAACAAUUCCACCUAUCACUCACAGACCCAACAAAUUCUCUCCCAGAAAUUCAAUUCCAGGAAUCACAAUGAAUUUUCGUACAAGGAAAUCGGUCCCUUUUGCUUCUUCCUCCAUUAGAGCUCAACAGCUAGAGUCCGAGGAUAGUUCUGCCACAGAUGCACCAGUAACUGUACCUGAAGAAAAUGCUCUUAAAAUCAAGGAGUGGGAAGUGGGAAUGUUCCAAGAUGAAGUAGCUGCUAGCCAGGGUAUAAGAAUUAGGAGGAGACCGUCGACUGGGCCCCCUUUGCACUAUGUUGGACCCUUUGAGUUCCGGCUGCAGAAUGAGGGGAAUACUCCCCGCAACAUUUUAGAGGAAAUCAUUUGGCACAAGGACAAGGAAGUCUCAAAAUUUAGAGAGAAAAGAUCUCUCUCAGUACUGAACAAAGAACUUGAGAAUGCUCCUCCUACUAGAGAUUUCAUUGGAGCUCUUAAAGCAGCAAAUCUGCGAACAGGACUGCCUGGAUUGAUUGCUGAAGUGAAAAAGGCUUCUCCAAGCAGAGGAAUUCUAAGAGAGGAUUUUGAUCCAGUUGAAAUCGCCCAAGCUUAUGAGCGAGGUGGAGCGGCAUGUCUCAGUGUUUUGACAGAUGAAAAGUAUUUCAAGGGAAGCUUUGAAAAUCUGGAGUUAAUCAGGAAUGCUGGAGUAAAGUGCCCUCUAUUGUGCAAAGAAUUUGUUGUAGAUGCAUGGCAGAUCUACAAUGCUCGAGCAAAAGGCGCAGAUGCCAUUCUUUUAAUUGCUGCUGUUUUGCCAGAUCUUGACAUCAAAUACCUGAGUAAGAUCUGCAAGUUGCUUGGUUUGGCAGUACUUGUUGAGGUGCACGAUGAGAGAGAAAUGGAUCGUGUUCUUGCAAUAGAUGGGAUUGAGCUUAUUGGCAUCAACAACCGCAACCUCGAAACAUUUGAGGUUGAUAUAAGUAAUACAAAGAAGCUUCUUGAAGGAGAGCGUGGUCAAAGGAUACGUGAAAAAGACAUAAUUGUAGUUGGGGAAUCUGGGUUGUUUACUCCCGAUGAUAUAGCUUUUGUUCAAGACGCUGGUGUUAGGGCGGUUUUGGUUGGAGAGUCGAUUGUGAAACAGAGUGACCCCGGGAAGGGAAUAACUGGACUUUUUGGCAAAGAUAUUUCAUCAUGAUUCAUGAGUCAGAAUCAGAAAUGUUCUUACCCCCUUCCCCCUCCUUUUUUUGUAGUGAAGUUUAUGGAGUGUAGGUCCAAAAGUGUGGUGGAAUAAGUUGUAGUA